AUGGCCGAGGCUGACAUCGCUGUGAUCGGAUUGGCCGUCAUGGGCCAGAAUCUGAUUCUGAACAUGAAUGAUCACGGAUUCACCGUGUGCGCCUUCAACAGAACCACUAAGUUGGUCGACGACUUCCUUGCCAACGAGGCGAAGGGUACCAAAAUCAUCGGAGCCCAUUCGAUCGAGGAGAUGUGCAAGAAGUUGAAGAGACCACGUCGUGUUAUGAUGCUCAUCAAGGCCGGCGACGCAGUCGAUAGUAUGAUCAAUCAGAUUCUACCAUUCCUUGAGAAAGGCGACAUUAUCAUUGAUGGAGGAAAUUCCGAUUAUAAUCACUCGAACAGACGCUAUCAAGAGCUCAAAGAAAAAGGAAUUAGUUUUGUUGGAUGCGGAGUUUCCGGAGGAGAAGAAGGAGCUCGUUUCGGACCAUCGUUGAUGCCAGGAGGCGACCCAGAAGCCUGGCCACACAUCAAGGAUAUCUUCCAGAAAAUCGCUGCUAAAUCGAACGGAGAGCCAUGCUGUGAUUGGGUCGGAAACGGCGGAUCUGGACAUUUCGUGAAGAUGGUCCACAACGGAAUUGAGUAUGGAGAUAUGCAGCUGAUUGCGGAGGCCUUCAAUCUAUUGAGCGAGGCUGUCGAGCUCAAUUACGAUCAAAUGGCUGAAGUGAUGGAUGACUGGAACAAGGGAGAACUCGAGUCAUUCCUGAUUGAAAUCACCGCCAAUAUUUUGAAGUAUCGUGAUGAGAAGGGAGAGCCAGUUGUGCCGAAGAUUCGGGAUUCUGCUGGACAAAAAGGAACCGGAAAGUGGACAUGUAUCGCUGCGUUGGAAUAUGGACUUCCAGUUACUCUUAUUGGAGAAGCCGUGUUCGCCAGAUGUCUUUCUGCUCUCAAAGAAGAGCGUGUUUAUGCUUCGGAGCAUCUCUCAGGUCCCCAUGUUGCCCCGGAAACUGUCAUUCAGGACAAGAGAGUGUUCAUCAAGCAGAUCAGCAAGGCUCUGUACGCUUCCAAAAUCGUCAGCUACGCUCAAGGAUUCAUGCUCCUUGCCGAGACUUCCAAGCAAUUCAACUGGGAUUUGAAUUUCGGAGCCAUCGCCUUGAUGUGGAGAGGAGGAUGCAUCAUUCGAUCGAGAUUCCUCGGAGACAUCAAACGGGCAUUCGAUAACAACAAGGACCUUCCAAACCUUCUUCUUGAUGCUUUCUUCACCAAGGCCAUUUCUGAAGCGAAUGAUUCGUGGCGCGUCGUGGUCGGUGCCGCCAUUCGUCUAGAAAUCCCUGUUCCAGCCUUCUCGUCGGCUUUAGCAUUCUACGAUGGGUACAAGAGAAAGGUCCUCCCAGCCAACCUGCUUCAGGCUCUAAGAGACUACUUCGGAGCCCACACCUACGAGCUUUUAGAUCAACCAGGCACUUGGGUCCAUACCAACUGGACUGGAAAAGGAGGACGUGUCACCUCAAACACCUACAAUGCAUAA